AUUGACAUUUAAUUUUGACUUUCUAAAAAUUGGAUAAGACAGAGGAAAAUCUUGAGAAAAUGCCGGUUAGGGUGGAAAUAACGCCUCCCCUGCCGGCAAAUUCCAAACAACCAGGUGUUACCAAAUCCUUAUUAUACAAUGGCUCAAAAUUUCAAGGAUUCCAGAAAUCGAAAGGCAAUAGUUACGAGGUGGAAGUUAUUUUACAGCAUGUAGAUGAAGAAAACUCAUAUCUUUGUGGAUAUUUACAAAUAAAUGGACUUACAGAUGAAUACCCAAAACUGACCACAUUUUUUGAUGGUGAAAUUAUAAGCCAAAAAUAUCCUUUUCUUACCAGAAAGUGGGAUGCAGACGAAGAUGUGGACCGAAAACAUUGGAGCAAAUUCUCACUGUUCAGUCAAUAUGCCAAAACCUUUAAUUCAGAUUCUUUUGAUUACAAAGCCCUUGCUGAUACGGACUACGUUUUUAUGAGAUGGAAAGAACAUUUUUUAGUCCCGGACCAUACAAUUAAAGAUAUAUCAGGAGCCUCCUUUGCUGGAUUUUAUUAUAUUUGUUUUCAAAAGUCAAAAGCCACAAUAGAGGGUUAUUAUUACCACAGAAGUUCUGAAUGGUUUCAGUCUUUGAAUCUAACUCAUGUGCCUGAAAAUAGUAUACAAAUAUAUGAAUUUAGGUAAAUUGGAAGCACAAGAAACCCCCCAAAGCGUUGGGCAAAUUUCGAACCAGUGGAAAGUUCUUUUUUGUUGUUGUUGUAUAAAUUUAAACAUUCGGCAGAUUUCUACCAAACUGAUAGAUAUGCCCGAACUUUUACAUUAACUUUUACGUACCGACUACGUACUAGCUUAGUACCUCUAGUAAUUUUUCUAUUGUUUCACAUUUUUGUGAAACGUUUGUUGUAUGGAUAAUAUAUACCUGAUAUUUUAAGAUGAGAGUUCUAUUAUAUAGAUAUUUGUAAGUUUUAAAGACUUUUGUCUUUUUUGAUUAAAUAGUAUUGAAAGCG